GUGUGUGCGUUAGCGUGAGAGUGUGUGAGAGUGUGAGAGUGUGAGUGAAACUUGCGAGAAGAUAAAGGGGCCUGUGAAAGCGUUGUUGAGCAGACACUCCUGACUGAUCAGACCUCAGCGGACAGACGGACAGAACAGCACAGUGUGAAGAGAAGAAAAAAAAGCCAAGAUGUGUUGCUCCAGCUUUCUCAAAAUUAUGAUGUUUAUCUUCAAUGGCGGCAUCUUUGUGGCAGGUGCAGCCGUCCUGGGAGUGGGAGUGUGGGUGAAAGUGGACAGUGGUUCUCUGCUGGGUUUACUGGAUAAUGUGGAGGGCACUCCAUCUGGGUUGUCCCAGCUGGUCUACGUCAGCUACCUGCUCAUGGCAGUGGGUGGCGUGCUGUUGGUCAUUGGCUUCCUGGGCUGCUGCGGAGCUGUCAAGGAGAGCCGGUGUAUGCUGCUGACGUUCUUCAGCAUUGUGCUGAUUAUCUUCAUCAUCGAGGUUGCAGGAGCUGUGGUGCUGCUCGUCUUCCAGGAUUUGGCUGAUCAGCUUCUUGAAGGUCUGGAGGAUGAAGUUAUAACAAGCAUUAGAAAAGACUAUGGAAGUAAGGAAAGUCUGACCUCUCUCUGGAAUGGCACCAUGGAUCAGUUUAAAUGCUGUGGAUUCAAGAACUACACAGACUUUAAUGGCUCCCCGUUUUACCUGGACCAUGAAGGAGAUGUUUAUCCACCCACAUGUUGCAAUGCAACCAUCACUGUGGGAGUGUGCAAUAGAAACGAAGCAAGUCUUUCGGAGGUUGAUGGCUGCUUUGUCAAGCUGCUGCAGCUGAUAGAGGACAACGCUGUGAUCGUUGCAGGUGUGGCGCUUGGAAUCGCUGCUCUUGAGAUUGCUGCCAUGGUGGUUUCACUGGUUCUCUACAAUCAGAUUGGCAGCAAGGCAUGAUGAUUCCUGUUUGGCAUGAGACGACAACAUUAUGUUUGUAAUUGGUGGAGAAAUUUUAUUUGUAAGCAGUUUUCUAUGUUUAAAGUUUUGUUUUGAUUUAAACUUGACAGUUUGUUAGACAGACACACUUUUAAUGCUCUACAAGUGUCGAGCAUUAAAAUCAAAGAUGGAGAUGUGGUCAAUAGAUCUAAUAUAUGUUCUUAUUUUCAAAACUAUAUGUACACAUUUAUACUGUGAUUUAUUUAUGUUUUAAGAAUGGCUGACACUCUAUGUGCUGAUACAUAUAGCUAGUAAUAUGUGAUGAUGUACAUGGAAGAGAGGUUCUGCAUGUAGGUUGCGUCAGUUGUUUUUGUCCUUCACAUUCACUGCAAGCUGUAAUAUAAUGAAUUUAUUUUUGUAUGUUUGAUUAUGUUGAAAUAAUAAAUAUCACAAUCUUGCCUUCUUCUUUGAUUUA